UCUGUGUAAUUACCAGUACUAAUAUCACUCUCAGUGUGACCAGCUGUCCUAUAUGUUAGUUACUUUCACUUGUAUUUUUAAAACCAUUUCACUGUGUUUAUACUCUACUGCAUUAAUCAGUGAGCAUUGUUAUGUUAAGUUAUAAACAGUGAUGUCUUAAUCACUCUCAGCUGCUGACAAUUUCCUGAGUUUCCUCUGUGUACUAAAACAAGACUAAACAAGAUACAUAUCCUCAUAUACAAACACAUGUAAAUAUUGUAAUUGGACAAGAUCUGGCAAUUUGUAUAUAAAUGUACAACAUAUCUAUACAGUAACUACUUAUCUAAUUAGAUAUAUAAUUAUACUUAUGUAACAGUGUAUAAAACUUAAGCUAUUACACAGACUUGUCUCUACAUCUAUACAUGUACUUAUAUAACUGUUUCAUUCUCAUUCAUAAGUAAAUAUACCAGAGUUUCUACUAUACAUGUACACAUGUAAAUAAGUAUAUAUCUACCCAUCUCUACUAUAAAUGUACACACGUAAUAGAGUAUGUAACUAUACUUAUCUACUUUAUAUGUACACAUGUAAUAGAGUAAGUAACUAUACUUAUCUACUAUACAUGAACACACGUAAUAGAGUAUGUAACUAUACUUAUCUACUAUACAUGAACACACGUAAUAGAGUAUGUAACUAUACUUAUCUACUAUACAUGAACACACGUAAUAGAGUAUGUAACUAUACUUAUCUACUAUACAUGAACACACGUAAUAGAGUAUGUAACUAUACUUAUCUACUUUAUAUGUACACAUGUAAUAGAGUAUGUAACUAUACUUAUCUACUAUACAUGAACACACAUAAUAGAGUAUGUAACUAUACUUACAUACACAUUUGUAAUGUAAUAGGGUUUGUAACUACACAGCUUUACUAUACAUGUAUACAUCAUAUAACAGUAUGUAACGACACAUAUCUACUAUACAUACAUGUAUGUAUUAGGAUAUGUAGCUACACAUCUCAUCUAUACAUAUACACAUGUAAUAGAUUAUGUAACCUCAUCUCAAAUAUAUGCACGUGUAACAGAGUGUAACUACAUGUACAUCUAUACUAUUCAUGUAAUGAUUGAUACAUGUGUAUCAAAAAAGUUUUUCUCGCAUUACAUUCCGAUUCAAUGAUUGAGAAAUUUGAGGAUGAUGGCGAUAGAUAUUAUAUAUUUUUAAUGAUAAGUAAAUAAUUUACUUAGUCAAUCCCAUCAAUAUAUAAUCCUUAAUCCAGGAUUGACACAGACACAUAUGUAUUAUUCAAAGGAAUUGUAUUUGAAUAAACAUUUAUAUAACUCCUUUGGAGGGGGGCCUUAAAAGUAUAUGUUUUUAACUAAUCUUAAAUAGAGCAUAUCGAAUUUUUUAAAUGCUUGAGAUUUUCCCCUGACAUUUAAACUGCAGUUCAUAUACUGAUUUACCGCUAAUCCCUAAGAUUGGCUAACAAUAGAAGAAAUCAGGUUUAAAUGUUUCCUCCAUCUUGUUGUUACAUGUGACAGAUAUUUACAGUCCGUGGGAGAGUCUCCAAGUAAAUCUGUCUGUUUCCAACCAAAACAAAAAAAUAAGAGUAAACAGAGUCUAAGUGUGUGUUCCAGUUCUACAGGUGUGUGGUGAUGGGAUGUAGGUGAGUGACUGAGGGAGCCAUACUUGUAUACUGUGUACCUGUUCUUACCUGGUGCUCGUUAGUACAGAUGGCAGUAAGUGUACAGCAUGACUCUGAUAGCUCUCAUCAUGUAUGCCUUCGCCAAUGCUGUGGCUUUCCUUCUGUAUUGGCUCUAUCAAGUCAGCACCUCUCAAAAAUCCGACACAGACAUUCAGACAGACAAUGUGAAACGUAAGAGGCUGAAGCGGAAACCUUCUCUCUUCACGAUGAUUGGUCUGGAUUUGGAGAUUCAUAAACAUUAUUAUGCUAUCGACGACCACUUUCGAACAUUUUCUGAAGUCAGCAAGGCUUGUAAAAGAGCCGGACUCGAACACUGUGGAUUAAUAAUUGGAGUGGAUUUUACGGCCAGUAAUGAAUGGCAAGGAAGAAAGUCUUUCAGUGGGAACUGCUUGCAUAAAGUCGUGCCUGGCAGGAUCUAUAACCCUUAUCAGAAAGUGAUCUCAGUCAUUGCUCAAACUUUGGAACCUUUCGAUGAUGACAAUUACAUUCCUGCGUUUGGAUUCGGUGAUACGAAGACCUUGGGAGAUUCUGUGUUCCCGUUUAUGAGUGACGGUUCACCUUGCAAGGGCUUUGCGGAGGUGCUGGAUCGAUAUAGUGAUAUUGCCACCAAAGUGACGUUCAGUGGUCCAACAAACUUUGCCCCUCUCAUUUAUAAAGCAAUAGAAAUAGUGAAGACCACCCAGAAAUAUCACAUCCUGAUCAUCGUAGCAGACGGUCAGGUCAACGAGGAGCAGCAGACUGUGAAGGCCAUUGUCGAGGCCUCCAACCACCCCCUCAGCAUCGUGGUUGUGGGGGUAGGGGACGGCCCCUGGGACACCAUGGACGAGUUUGAUGACUGUCUUCCGAACCGAAAAUUUGACAAUUUCCAAUUCGUAGAUUACCAUGCAGUGACCUCUAAAGUGAAACAUCCGGAUGCAAACUUUGCGCUUCAUGCACUCAUGGAAAUACCUCUACAGUAUAAGACUAUCAGGAAGCUCGGCUAUAUCAGUGAAUUCACAAACGGCUCUGUUGUUAGUAAGAAGGAGUCAGAUGUUUAAGAUCUGCUGAAAUUAAUUAACUUAGGGUAAUUUUCAGGGGCUCCUUUUUUGGGAGGCAAUACUUUUUAAACUUGUCAUGAAAUACUGUUCAUAAUUGACUUCUUAACAUUCUAUUCAUUGUUUUGUUCAUGCAUAUACAGAUAUUUCCCUGUGAUUUUAACUUUCAGCAAUAAUCCCCAAUGACCAAUUUAUGAAGCUCUCAGUCCCAGUCCAUUCCUGCAUGCUACUAUGUAAUGCUCCUUGGUUUUUCUUUGAUUUUAUUUCAUUUAAUAUUAAUAUUAUUGUUAAUAAGCUUUGUGAUAAUAAGUCUUUCUUGAUGUUACCAUAACAUCUGCAUAAGAUCUUCAUAUUUAUUGUUUUUGUUUGUUUUUAUUUUUUGUUGUUUGAGGGGUUCUAGCAAAUUAAGUCAUUAGAUAUACAUGUAUGGUGGUUUGCAUUGUUAUUAUGCUCAGAGAAAAGUUCAAAGUAUUUUGUUGAAGGACUCUUUCAUAUUUCUUAAUUAUUUCUUGUAUCUUACUGGUUAAAUUGUAUGAAUAUUAAGAACCUACUAUACUGCUUUAAUUCAUGCGUCGUUAAGUGUGAAUGACGAGAGAGAAUUACACAAUACAUAUAUAAGAUGAUCCAGACGACUAUGCACUGGGAAGACGCCAAUAAGACCUGCUGAUUUCAUUUUCCUUAAAGUUAAAUUUUAAUGACAACAUGUUGCCAAGACUCCUUGCUUGUAUAUUUGUCAAUCUUACAUUUAGACAGGAAGUGUAAAAGUCUGAAGUGUAAAAUGAGGAAGAUUUCUUCAAGUGUCAGUCAACGUAACAAUUAAGAAAUUAAGUUAUCUCUUUUAAGGAAAUGGUGCAGAAUUUUUAAUGUCACAAGUUGUAGAUCGAGAAAAUGAUCCUGUGUGAGUAGUAAUGGUAUGGGUAUUUCCACUCAACAGGAUCUAGAAAAAUCUAGCUGGGCUAAUACCGUGGUUCCUGUGCAUAAGACAAAAUCUGCUCUUCCAAAUAUGAAUUUUUUUUUAAUUCACAUACAUCAACUUUGUUCAGUAAAAUGACAGCUCAGCUUACUGGUUUGAACAUAAUAUUUUUAAUCCUUAAAAGCAUAUACACUGUAAAAGCAAAUUACUGGAAAAUAUCGUUAAUCUAACGGUUAAAGUUAAUGAUGGGGAAUUAUAGAAGUGAUCAUAGUGUUAACACAGUCACAGUUGUCUUGUUUUAUGAGUACUUAACUAAGAAUUACUGUAUAUAAUGAUUUUCAUUAUUUAAUAGGUAUUUCCCUUUAAGCGCUGUGUGUAUUAGAUUACACAGAUGAACAAUAAUCAUAAUCUAAUCAUAUCUCUAGAGUGACAAAGCAGCUAGCAUAAGGAGCCUGCAUGGAGCUCCGCUGAUGCUGGGAGUCAUUGUAAGAGAGAUGUGGGCUUUGUGCUGAAUAUUGAUGGAUUUUUGUUCGAGUGAAAGCUACUGUUUCUUAAAAAGUGAACUGGGUGGCAGCUGUCUUUUAUUUUCUCACGAAGAAAACAUUACUGUGAAUAGAAAUAGAAUGCUUUAGUCAUUAUGUUGAUAUUACUGCUGAAAGUCGCACAGAAUCCAUUUGAAAAGAUUUCAAACUGUGUUUCUAUUUUUUAAUAUUUGAAUGGUGUUUUUUUUUAACAUUUCUAGAAAUGUUAAUGUAGAUGAAAGACAGAUCUGAGGUUUUGUUGUAUUCUACAUUUUUUUGAUUUUCAUAAGAUCUGAGAAAUAUGAGGAAAAGGAUUUUAUUUGCAAGUCUCCAGCAUGAAAUAUGUCUGUAUACAUCUAUAUAUCAUAACAGGUGCUUGGUUGCUGGUAUACGUCUCUUGAUUUUCUCUGAGCGUUUACUCAAGUGUUAAUUAUUAUCUUACUCAGAUACGAUUCCCUACAGUUUGAUAUACCGGGCCAGUGAUCUAUGUAUUGAUUGGUAAAGUACAUUCCCUUUGAAAUGCUAUUGAUCUGUUAUCAGUGAUACAGACAUGUUUUUCUUGCCGAUUGAUACACAACCAUUGUCUCUGCGUCCAGUAUGGUCAGACAUGCAUUUAAUUAUUACAUUGUGUGAGAUGUUUACAAUCUUUUUUAUGUUUGUGUUCAAAUAAAACCUAUGUAUUUAUUA